AUGGUGAAGCAGACCGAUAAAGCAAGGAGACCAGCAAAUGUGGAGGUGGGAGAUUGGGUGUACUUGAAGAUCAAACUACACAGGCAGACCUCGAUGCCGUCCAAACUGCAUCCUAAGUUAGCCGCUCGGUACUUUGGACCUUUCCAAGUCACACAGAAGAUCGGAGAAGUGGCUUUUAAGCUACAACUACCAGAUACCGCACGGAUACAUCCAGUUUUCCAUGUAUCCCAAUUGAAGAAGGCAGUGGGGGAAAGAAGUGUGGAGAAGGAAUUGCCAACAGAUUUGCAGGUGGAGGGACGAGGUGCAACAGGUGUUAAUAGAAUGGCAAGAGGGGGGGCCGGAUGGAGCAACGUGGGAAGAUGCCCUGACCAUUAG